UCGUUCUGGAGGGGAACACGGGGCGCGACCGUAACGAACGCAGCCAUUGGCUGAAGACCGUAUCCAAUGGGGUGGUUUUUGUCGGUCCGUAGUAUUUUCCGGAGGGAUGUUCAUACUGUCAGUUAAAUUUCGAAAUCAUAAUCAUCCCCGUCGUGGUGCGCUAUGGCUGGUGGACCCUACUUAUCGCCGUUACCCGGCGACCUUUUAUCGGAGUACAUGUUUGGUAGACGUAGACAGAGAAGAAACCGAACUACGUUUACGCCACAACAGUUACAAGAACUAGAAAGCCUUUUCCAGAAAACUCAUUAUCCAGACGUGUUUUUGAGAGAAGAAGUAGCUCUUCGAAUUAAUCUUUCUGAAGCUCGUGUACAGGUAUGGUUUCAAAACCGCAGAGCUAAGUGGCGCAAACACGCGCGGCUUCAAAUAAUACAAGACGCGUGGAGAAUUCGUUGCAUGGGUUUGAACACACAAUCGCUUUUAUUGGGUCGUCAAACAUCCGAAGGAACGACUCGUUUGGCGGACGAUAAAGAACCUCCGCCAACGCCUCCUACCCAAUCGACUGUAGUCUCAUCACCUACCCAUGUACCGGGAAGUUACAGAAUGCUUCAAAAUUUUCAAGUCACAGAAAGACCGCCAUUAGUAGGAGUUGGACCGCCAACAAAUACAGUUACUACUAAAUUGUUCUGCCCGUAUUCAUCUAAUGAAAAUGAAAUUUCAAAUAGACGUUCAGCUCAUCACCAAGACAAUAGAUCUGAUAUGAACGGAAACCUAUCUUUGAUGGUAGGUUCUGUGGAUUUAACAUGCUCAAAGUCUCGGUCUACCAGUCCUGAAGAAGAAAAUGACAUAAACGUAAAUGAUUGAAUAAACUUUAAUCAGAAUAUAACUAAUUAAGAACGACGAAAUGCAAAUAAUUUUAAAUUUAAGUCCUAGUUAAAAAUAUUGUGUACAAUUAUUUAAAUAAUAAUAAUUUCUAAUAAAUAAUAAUAAAUUAAAUAAUUAAAUAAAUAUAAAUUAAUCAUAGUAUUUCACUCUUUAUUAUCAUAAAUCAUUAUAUUAAAAAUUAAAAUAUAUAAUAUGUACCUAACAAAUAUAUUUAAUAAACAAAUAAGUGAGUAAUUUUUAGACAAAAUUGUUUACUAACUAUAUUAUAAGUAAUCUUUUUCAUUUAUAAUCUUUUUUUUAUUUAUAUAUUGAUUUAUAAUUUUUAUAAAAGUGAUUUUAAUAUACUUUAUGAUUUAUAAAAAUUACUUGUGCACAAAUAAAUGUAAAUAUCUAUCUCAUUACUUUAUUAACUAGUGAUAAUUAAACUAGUCCUAUUAUGGUAACAUAAAUAUUAUAAACAAUGACUGAUCAUAUCCACUGUGCAAAAAUCAGUUCAGGAGAAGUCAAAUAGAUGUUAAAAUGAGAAGUCACAUUUGAGACUUCAAAAUAACCAUCUCUGAGAUGUGUUGUUGAUCGAAUGCACAGUGGGUAUAAUCAUACAAUAUAGUUCCAGUGUCUUAUACUGUUUAUGCUUCAAUAUUAUAAUUUUAUACAUGCAAUUAAGUAAAUAGUAAUUGAAUAAGUAGUUCAAGUCCGUUGUAUUUCUUUAAUCAUAUAAAUACCUACAUUCUAUUAAAAAAAUACACUAUUAUUUAUUUAUGUUG